UAUUGAGCAAAUGUGCAAUAUUUUGGAGAAAAAGGUUUGAAGGGAAAGUAGGUUAACUUAUCGCUUACUUGAAACAGCGGGUGGCCUCUAUCAAAGUGAUAUUGCUUAAAUGGCGGAGAAAAAAAUCUUCGGAGUGAAAGUAGGUUAACCUAUCUCGUAAAGCGGGAGAUGACUUUCAAAGUAAUAUUGUGCAAUAUUUUGGAGAAAAAGGUUUGAAGGGAAAGUAAGUUAGCCCUUUUUUUUCACAACACAACAAUCGAUAAAGAAUGAAAAAGGGAGCCGGAGAAACAUGACGUCAAACAAUCUUAUAAAACUGGAAGAGGAGCGACUACUUUUAAGCAUAUUCUAUCGAACGAGGAAGCGUGGUUAAAGCGAUAGCGCCCAGAUUUGACCUACCUACGAGGAUGGAAAAAGCAUGGCAGAGAAAAAGAAACAACGGCAUGAUAUUUUAGCGCUUGACGCUUGGCCGGAGAAAUGGAAAAGAGAGUUUCCAUAUAUUAUACACGAUAAGAAAACAGGAACCGCAAUCUGCACGUAUGUUACUUACAUUUCUGAGUUCAUUAUAAGAAAAUCAGACAAUAUGGACCUUUGAUCGAAGAAUUCACAAACAAGGAGGCAGUAGUGAUGGAAUGGCAGAAUCUUCGUCAUGAUCUGCAUAUUCUCCAAAUACCGGCUAUGGAGAACGUAUGCAAGUACUUAGCGGCAGCGCCCGAGUACCCAUGCUUUCAAGUGCUGGGCAAAGUCCUACAAGUUUUCGCAGCCGGUACCUCGGGGGCCGAACGAGGGUUUUCUUCAAUAAACAUAAUUAAGACGAAACACAGGAAUAGGCUUAGCAGCAGACACCUAACAAUGCUUGUGAGAUGUGGCGAGGAGACAUCCAUAAAAGCAGACAAAGCGGAAUCAUUCUUCAAGGAUGUCUUGCAACAUUGGAAAGAUUCCAAGCUACGUCGCCACGAACAGGCUGCAGAAGCCACGCCAUCCGUUUUCAUUCGUUCGCUUUUGUAUUUUUAUUUGUGAAUAAAACAAAUGUGUGAACUGUGCAAUUUUAUUACUUGAUAUCGAAGCCUUGUAACUUUCUCUCGUUGAAAACAAGGGUUGACCCCCGAGAUAUUUGGUGGGCCACUCAUGCAAAAUGU